CGGCAAUUGUUGACUCUUCAUGUCAUCUUCCCAAGCCUUCUUCUACCGGCCCUGGAUCUACUGGAUCGUGGACUGGUCAGCCGUAUCUUGGUGGCAAACAAGUUGCAAGAUGCACCUGAGGGAGCAGUGCCAGCAGAACCAUCAGCUCUUGACGGCGGGAAGAAGGAGAAUACCGAUGAACAGCCUGAAGACUACAUCCCUGACAGUUGGCAAGCGACGGACUGCAAGGACCAGAUAUGUAUGUACACCGUCCAGUCUGCUGCCUCUACCACAUCCCGGCGUAAACGACAUACCUCGCAAGCAACAAAGGUAUAUGCGGUGCACCUUGACGCAUGGAGCUGUUCCUGCGGUGGAUUCGCCCUCGAUGCGUAUUCCAACUACGGUGUGACCAAUAAUGGCGAGAAGCUUCAGAACUCUCCACCACCGGGAUGGCUCGGCACCCUGGGACUGGAUAGAUUAGCAUCACUCGAGGAUUUUCCGUGUUGUAAGCACCUCCUCGCAUGUUUACUGGCAGAGAAAUGGAGGAAGACAGCUGGGAGUCACGUCCAAGAUAAGUACACAACCAAGGAAGAGUUGGCUGCCAUAAUA